AUGAGGAUGUUACAUCACUUGCAGUGCAGCCAGACGCCAGCAGCAGCAUCCAGCUCGGAGGGAACGCGGCGCACAAACCCAGCUGGCCAUAUUGUGCACCAGUUCUCCGCAAAUCGGCUGCGUCACACCUACAAAAAAUAUAUAUACAAAAUAUAGAAAAUACACACUCUCACACACAAACACACACACACACACACACACACACACACACACACAGACACCGGCGCUGGAACAAUAAAGUCACCACAUCAGGAAGGAAUACACUGAUUCGGCUGAGCGGGUUGGUGUUUUUUUCGCGCUGGGAAAAUGGUUAAACUGGGGAACAAUUUCAGCGAGAAAAACAACGGAAAGGUGGUUUCUGAAGACGGAUUUGACACCAUCCCUCUUAUAACACCAUUAGAUGCCAGUCAGCUGCAGUUCCCUCCACCAGAUAAGGUGGUGGUGAAGACAAAGGCUGAUUAUGAUGGUGAGAGUAAGAAGGGGAAGCUGCGAUCUCCUAAAAUCGCAGAGUUCUCGAUAAGCAUCAUUGAAGGCGUAUCUGAGCGACUCAAAGUGACCUUGCUGGUGAUCUGUGCCCUGGCCUUCCUGGUGUGUGUGGUGUUCCUGGUCGUCUACAAGGUCUACCAGUACGAGCAGCCUUGCCCUGACAGCUUCAUUUACACGCAAGGACGCUGCAUGCCGGCAGGGAUGUAUGGCAACUACCCCCCUCAGGGCCCUGGGGGCCGCGGGCGCCUCUUUACCCUCAUUAACCACUACAACAUAGCCAAGCAGACCAUCACUCGGUCAGUAUCACCAUGGAUGACCAUCAUGUCUGAGGAGAAGGUCACCCAGCAGGAGACGGAGACUGCUCAGAAGCUGGCUUAACCAACCCUGGGAUGAGGGUGUGGCCUCACCUGCUGCAGAAAAAAAAUAAAUAAUAUGGUCGUGCCAUUCAAGCAAACCUCAGAGUUUUUUCUGUGGGUGAAAAAUCAACUUCUCUGAGGUGCUAUGCUGCCUUGUUGGUGUAGUUUGGUCAGGUGAUGUGUACCGUAGCAGGAAAUCUGUGGAAAUUUUGAACAUGUUUUCAGCAAAGUGAGGCUUACAGUUUUGGGUGGAUUUGUGGUUUGUUUGAAUAGCAUAUGUUGUUAUUUAUUUACUCUUCAAAACAGAGUGGCAAAUGUGUAGAAAACGCCACAGACACUGACACACAGACACACACUCACUGUCUUUGUACAUACACAUAUGUAAGAGAACUCACUUUAGUACUCAGAUUGUGAAAUGACUGUGAACCAUCUCGUGUCUGCGUCGCUUGUUUUAACGCACAUGCACGCACGACUCUAAUAAUAACACAGUUUGCUUUGAACCUCUUUCUUUUCAAAUACAUCACGUACUGAUAGCGCAUGUCAGACCUCUUGAGGUCCAGCAAGUCUGCAGCAUACUCCGCUACUGAGGUCAUCUGUGUCAACAUAUUUUACUGUCAUGAUAUUGUGAAUACAUGAGGGUUGAUCUGGAAGAAACCUUUUAACCAGCGAAAAAAAAAACAACUUUUAAUCGUGUUAUUUUGAUUCAACCCAUACUGCUCUCUGCAUAUAGUGCUGUUAAGGAGUUUUUAGUAUUUGAUGCAUCAAGUCUUUUUAACCAGCAUUAAUGAUUGUCUCCAUUCAUUUGAACUCUUUGUGACCACCAUGUGCUUUUCUUUGCUGGCUACGCGAGACUUACUUAAUGGUUACUUUUCACAGCAUAACUUUUAUGCUACUCUAUUGAAUGUUUUUUGCAUUGCUAGUGAAGACACUGUAUUGUGCAAUGCUUCGCAUUGAUUAAUGUCACCAUAGAUGGCUGUCCAGAGCCAUCGCAGAUGCUAGACUUAGGUUGAUGUAGUGGAACAAUCUGACAGUGGUUGCUUGUCCUGUUGCUUUUUUCUGUAUUUGUCAUUUAACUGAAACUGUCACAAAUUAUGUACUUUUUUCAAACAAUGUAAGGAUUACCAUUGAAGUGCAUUUGCUACAUAAAAAUGUUAAAUGAAAAACCGAAAUAAAGUGCCCACAUUUCA